AUGGGUGACAUUUUGCCGCACCAGCUUGCCAAUGGCGUCCGCCGCGAGGAAACAUCCAUUCACUCUCUGCACUUGACGCCAUUCGAUGACCUGCCGAACAGGAAGCAAGUAUGGCCAAAUGAGCCUAACAGCAGGGAAGAAGGCCUCGGUCGCCUGGUCUUGCUUACUCCCGACGUCGUUGCGUUCGCUGGAGCGAGCUGCAUACGCUCUGGCCAGAGAGUCAGUCUCGGCUGGGAGCUGAACAAGCUGGAAAUCGCCAACUUUGGCCGAUCGCCUUGCAAACAUGAGAUAGUGGGCUUGUUAGAUGGCGCUGCCUUUGACGACAUCUACACUUUCAACCCACAACAAAGUAGUCAGUGGGAUGGACUCCGGCACUUCUCACAACCAAGACCAACUGAGGAUGAUCCCGAGAGGCGACUAUUCUACGGAGGUGUCACCAAGCAGGAGAUUAUGGAUCCCACAAAUCACCGAAUCGGCAUACAGUAUUGGGCUAAGGAGGGCAUUUGCGGCCGCGGCGUGCUGCUAGACUACGUGGCGUAUGCCGAGAAAAGGGGCAUCAAAUACUCGACGUUCAGCGACCACUCGAUUCCUCUCAGCGUACUUGUUGAGAUCGCUCAAGAAGAGGGUCUCACCUUCAGAAGAGGCGAUAUCCUUUUCGUGCGCGUAGGCGUCACCAAGGAAUGGGAUACGCAGAUGACGACUGACGAGAAAGCCGAGUACGCGAUGACGAAGAAACCUCAACACGCCGGCGUGGAAGGCACAGAAGAAAUGCUCCGCUGGCUAUGGAACACCGGGUUCGCAGCGGUUGCCAGCGACGCCAUCUCCUUCGAAGUCUAUCCUCCCAAGAAAAGCUAUUCUCGUGGUGAAGGCGAGGCAGAAGUUGACAGUGUCUUCAUGCACGAAUAUCUCCUCGCCGGCUGGGGAAUGCCAGUUGGUGAGCUGUUCGACCUCGAGGCCUUGAGCGACAUGUGCGCCAGAGAACAGAGAUGGGACUUCUUUGUCGCGAGUGCGCCGUUCAAUAUGCCGGGCGGGGUAUCGAGUCCACCAAAUUGUAUCGCCAUCUUCUGA